AUGACGGCCUCCUCACGUCGGAACGCCAAACCUAUCGAUGAUGGGACCGAGCCGGGCAAGAACGACAGGUCAAAUGCAGCAAGUCGAGAUGAAGCGCCGCAAAGGCCUCGCGGAGCAGGAGCUUUCGACAUUGACACUUCUUUGGCUACCAUAGCCGACGAAGCCGCCUCUGCAGCAGAAGGGGGAUCCCAAAAAACAGGGGCAAAAGCUAGGUCCAAUGCCACCUCUCAGGAGAAAAAGAGGAGGAGCACGGCUCUGUAUGCUUCGAUUGCUGCGCUUUUGAUAGGCGGCUGGUGGACUACCGGCUUAGGGAGGGAGUGGGAAACUCUUGAAGAGAGGGAGAGAUAUGCCAAUGAUCCGUCUGCGCAAGACUUUUUCGGAAGGGCGAAGAUUCGUCUCGCCAAGAUGUACACCUCGGUCAAUGAACCAGCUUGGGAGAAACUGCUUCCCGAUCUGCUUCCCUUUCCCUACCAGCGGCCGUACACGUUAGUGGUGGAUCUAGACAAGCUUCUGAUCUCGUCCAAGUGGACCCGAGAGAAUGCUUGGCGCACGGCCAAGAGACCAGGUCUGGAUUACUUUUUGGGCUAUCUGAGUCAAUGGUACGAGAUUGUCAUCUACACGCGCCAGCCAUUUUACAUUGCCGCACCAGUCCUGGAGAAGCUGGAUCCGGAUAGAAGAUUCAUUGCAUACACUUUGUUCAGGGAGAGCUGCAGGAAAGCACCGAGCGGAAAUCUAGUCAAGGACCUCAGCCACCUCAAUAGGGACUUGAGCAAGGUCGUGGUGCUCGACUUCGAUCCCAGCUCGUACGAACUUCAUCCGGAGAACGGCCUCAGCAUCAGCAAGUGGGAUGGCGAUGCGAGGGACACGGAGCUGGUGGACUAUGUGCCUUUCUUCGAGGCCAUUGGCAUCUUUGACGCGCAGGACGUGAGGCCGAUCUUGAAAGCAUACCAGGGUGAACACGUGCCUACGAAGUUUGCGGCUUGGGAAGAGGAAUGGAGGAGGACGCAAGAGGCGGAGAGGACGAAGAAGCAAGGCAGCGGGCUGGGGCGCAUCUUUGGGGGAGGCUUGAGGGAAGGGGGAGGCUCAACAGCUCCGAAGAACCUUUUGGAUGCGGAGAGGGAGAGAAUGCACCAGGCUUAUGCUGCGGAUCAAAAGUAUUGGGCGGAAAAUGGGGAGAUGCUGAGGCAGCAGCAAAAGGAGGAGCAGGAGAAGGCUUUGAAGGAGAUGAAGCUCAGUGCUUGGGUAAUGAUUACGGGUCAAGGAAUGAAGCCUCCAGGAGCAGAAGAGAAGGCGUCUGCUUGA